GACAUGCUCGACAUCGUUAAGGAUCUGGGCGUCAUCACGCUGCAGCGGUCCGACCUGACAGAGACAACUACGUCCAAGUCCAUCAUCGAUACGAUUCUGGACGAGCUGAAGGACCUGGUGGACAGGUACCUACCGAUCAUCGGACCACUAGCUGGUCUGACGCGCGAGCAAACCAAGGCCAUCAAGGAGAACUUUGACAAGUUCGUGGUCGACGUCGAGGGCAUGGAGCACGGCACCGUUGAGAUCGCGGACGGCGUCAUUGACAUCUGCAUUGACAUCCUGCACGUGCUGGAGGCGUUCGAUGUGGACGUCACUGUUCCCACCACGGACGGCACCACUACGCUGGACGAAGUGCUUUUCUGGCUUGAGGACGGCCUGAACGCUGUGCUCGAUAUCGUCGGACCCUUCAUCGGGAUGGACUACGACAAGAUCAAGGCGACCGAAGCCGAUCUCCAUACGCUCAUCAACGACAUCCGCAGCUUGGGCGACGGCCACAUUGACGUCGACCACGGGCUGGAGGCCAUCCUCACGGACAUUCUGCAGAUCCUGAAGGACUUCGGCGUGCCCACCGUACACAGCAACGCAGAACCUGUGAACAUGCACAGCCUGCUGCACACCCUAGAGCACCAAUUCGCCGGUGUCGUGACGUCGCUGAACAAGUCUCUGCCGAUGCCGGACGCGCUGAUGACGACCCUUGAGACCGACGUGCACCAGCUGGUGAUGACCAUCAAGACAGUAACGCAAAACAGACUGGAAGACAGCAAUGCCGUGGAGUCCAUGCUUCAGGACAUGGUGAAAAUCGUCAAUGACGUCAAGUACAUCGCCUAUCUGACGAGACACUGAGGUUGGGUGAUGACGUCAGCCAUGCGGGCAACAGUCGACGACGCGUGCGCCCGUGUUCGAUAAAUCCCACGCAUGUUUACGAGAACGCCGCCAGACUGCUGGUCGGCGGACCAAAUGUGACUAAUGGAUCUCUCUGUCAAGCGUCUGUUCCAAUGGCAAAGAGGUCUUAGGUUGGUCGUGGUUGUCGCUCAGUUGAGUGAAACAAUACAA